UUGUCGGCAGGAUAUCUUGAGUGACUGACCGGAGGACCAGAACCCGUGAUUGAUCAUCCUGAAGGAUACUUCAGCCCCUGGGUCAGCCUUAACCAUCAGGGGACGGCGGAGGAACUCCGUUCAGACACCACUGAUAUCCAGAACGAAGUCUGCGUGUGGAGCAGCAUCCAGAAUCACACACGGAACGAUUACAGGCGCUGAAGGUGGAUCCAGAUCUGGACUCCUGUCCCCCGGUGUUACAGCAGCCCCAGCAGCCUCAGCAGCGUCGUCCAGAGGAUCGACGGAGAGAUGAGACAUCAGGUCCCGCUGACUCCAACCAUGGCCAAGCUACAGGGGGAACCGAAAGACCGUCAGCAGACAUGACCAGCCCUUCACGUACCAAGUCCGGGAAGAUCUACGGACCGGAGGUGUCAGCAACCUCCCCUUUCUACAAAUUUGGACAGACUGCAAAGGGCCUAUUUUUGGGACAAAAUACUGCUGAAGAUGAAGACACUGAGGUUUUUAGUGCCCCCAUGGUGGAAGUAUCAGGACCCACCGGCCCCAUAUUGGUUUAUCGCCCUUGGUCCCCCUCUGAAAUCAUGGAACAUGCUAAAAAUCUUCCUGACCCCACUGAAGAUGGUGAGAAAGCUAGCGAGGAGUGGAGAGCUUUCUGCCGUGAACACCGCCCCACUGGACUUGAACUGAGAAAAAUUCUUGCUAAAAUGCUCACUGCUAGUGAUCUGGCUAAGAUCCGUCCCCACCUCCCUCCUGAUGACACCGGCCUGAAAAAUCCAAACUGGGACGAUGAGCCGAACCGACCUUACAGAGAAGCCAUCACCACACUCUGUGAUGGCAUAAAGACUGUGUUCCCUAAUCGAGGAAGCCUGGCUGCCCUGAGAAAUCUGAUACAGGGCCCAGAUGAGCGCAUGGAGACUUUUCUACACCGCUGUGAAACUGUUUUCACCAGACACUCUGGCUUGGAGCGCCCUGCAGGAGACCUGGGGAACACUCCAGGACCAUGGGAACGCCUUCUCUGUCAGACCAUCAUUGAAGGUAUGAACAGAGAUAUGUUGGAAGUGGUGAAGAGACAGUAUGUGGGGAUGAGACAUGAGACCAGACUGGCUCAGCUUCAACGUCAAGCAAAACACGCACAAGAUGUCAUGGAUGAAAACAAGAAAAAAGCUGAAUCCAAGAAAGAAAAACAGAUGUCAACAGCCCUGACUCUGUUCACCUCCCAAAAUCAGCCACAAUCCAAUAGAGAUAGGAGAGGCAGAGGAAGGGGCAGAGGAAGACGAGAGAGGGGCGGCAACCAACAACAGCGUGGGGCAUGUUAUCGCUGUGACAAAUAUGGACACUGGAAGGAUAACUGCCCACAACGACAUGGGCCGUGUCAUCGCUGUGGCCAAUAUGGACACUGGAAGGAUAACUGCCCUCAGGAUAAUGGGCCCACCCACCAGAAGGAAUACCAGCAGGCUGACUGA